AUGGCUAGUAGAAGUGAAUUACAUAUAAGUUGUAGUAAAGGUUUUGCAAUUGGAUCUCUUAGACUUUUAAAUGCUUUGGAUGAUAAUGAAAUUAAUUUUCGUUUUGGAAUGAUCGCCUUAAAUGAGUCACUUGUUAAUUUUGAUUUUGCCGAGUCUGAUGCUACAGCAAUUUUGAUUUUGGAGAAGGAUAGUGUUUUUCAACACCUUUUGGAUGAAAAAUUUAUGGAAAUGUUUCCAAAAACUAUUCUUGUAACGGGCCGCGGUUAUCCUGACAUUUGUACUCGACAAUUUCUCAAUUGGCUAGCUUCUCAAUUACCAAAUAUUCCCAUGUUUAUUUUAACUGAUGCCGAUCCUUAUGGCAUUGAAAUCUUUUUAACCUACAAAUACGGCUCUGAUCGUUCUUGGAUUGAAUCUGGAGGGAUUACUUUACCUCAACUUAAAUGGAUUGGUUUUUUGCCUUCUGAAGCAAAUAAUUUGUCUGUGCCGGAAAAUCAGUUACUUAAAUUAACAAAUUCCGAUAAACGAAGGAUUGAAAAGUUGAGUAAACGAGUUUUAUUGUUGGAAGAAAAUGCUGUUUUUGAUGAGGUUGAUUUUUUAAUUUUAAAGGGUAGGGUCCAAUUGAGAGAAAUUUUUUGGCGUAAUUAA